CAAGACGCAUCUUUGCUCAGCCACAGCAUCUUGCUCCGCCUCAGCCGAUAGUCAGGAAUUAAGCUGCCACCUGUGUCACCAUGGAGGAAACGGGGAAGACUGCUGUCCAGACGCAGAGGCCUGUAAAGACUGAGUGGAACUCCCGGUGUGUCCUUUUCACCUAUUUCCAAGGAGACAUCAGCAGCGUCGUGGAUGAACACUUCUCCAGAGCUCUGAGCAACGUCAGGAGCCCCCAGGGACCGAGCCUCCCGAGCCAGAGUGAAGAUGUGAUCCUGAGGAAUGAUAGUGACAUGCCUCCAAAUCAGUGGCGUUUCUCUCCUCAGUGGACAAAGCCAGAGCCAGAAGUAUCUUUUGCAAAUGGUGCCGCCAGCUGCAGCUUGAAUGAGCCUGGUCCCGUGGCUAUGGAUCAGUACCCACUGUCCCUGACUGCGGGCUCCUCCUUUCAGCCUAGCGAGCUGUGGCAGUUCUCCUCCCUGGCCAGCCCCAGCUCCCCAGAGCCUGACUACUCUCAUGCCUUCUCCACGGGGCAGCUGGUUCCAGAGCCCCAGCCUGAGGCGAAAUAUGAGCCCCUCCUAAGUCUCCUCCAGCAAGACAGAUACUUCCCGCAUCCUCAAGAAUCUGCCAUGUGGGAGGAUUGCAACUCUGCCCAGAUAGCCGGAAGCACGAGCUUGCUCUUCAACCUGCCUUCCACCUCAGCCCACUGUAAGAAAAUGUAUUUGCCCUCAGAUUGUGGAUCUACCAGUACCAGCCUUGCAUAUGAGAAAAGCCAGUCUCCAGAGAGAAGAAAAGAUCUGUUCUUUUAUUGAACAUCGGUUUGAAGAAGAGAAUUCCUUUUUCCAAACCUCAUGAUUUUUCUACUGUGAAUCCAGAGGGUCUGGAGACAUUACCGUCCUUUUUUCUCCCUGCCACUAAAGAACACUGAGUCAGGAGCAAGUUUCUGUACACUUCCUUGGCACCUUCUCUUCCUUGGCACCUAUGUCCUUUGGCAGGGGCUUUCAAGUGAAUCCUCAGCAUAUAAAAUCGUUAAAAUUGCUGUUUAGGAAUGAGGAGCAUAGAGAUCCACCUGCUUGCUCCUGCCACCACCCCCUGCACCCACUGCCCUCCUACUUAGAAAUCAUAGCCCCCUCACCCUCCAGCAGCAGGGUCUUUCACACCACGACUGACCGCGUGGCAUUCUAUGGGGUUGUCUGACUUUUCCUACUGAAUAGAGAUACUGGGAACAGCCUGAAGCUUUCUAACCUUAACCAGACUGUGGCUAACUUCACUCCUGCCUCUACCAAAGGAAAAUAAAAGUGGAGUAGACAAGACCCUUUGAGAAUGGGUUGAGGCCGGGCGUUCCCUGGAGCCUCAAAGUCUGGAAGGAAGCUAAAAACGUCUCAGGCUGGCCCUGCUAAAAGAAAUACUUUCACCUGGAACAUUUGAUUCCUCAAUUCUAAAGAAGUGAUUCCAAAUGGAAUCGCUGAGAAAUCUGAGAACUAACUUAUUGGAAGUUAGUUAGUUUGCAAACUGCCCCAUCCCAAGUUGGGCCUAGAGUAAGUUCUGUCUCCAGAGCAAUUCUUACAUGCGAUUCCUUGAGUUCCCGUCUGCCCUCCCUCUGAGGGUGAGGACUCUGGAAUCUGAUACCCCACAGGUGUUCCUCUGGCCCUUACAGCCUUCCACAGGGCCCACCUGGCUUCCAAACAGAGCAUAACUUUUUCUUUAGUUGUUUCACUUUUAGCGACAUCUGGGAAAUAUUAACUUUCUUUUUAGCACAAAGUUGGGGCCACCCAUGUGGAUACCCACAGCAUUUUAGAUAAAUUGGAGGUGAAAGGCAAAGCUUGGUUCAAGAUACAGCAGCAGGACUCCCUGCAGAUUAUUCCAGAUAAAACGACAAGCUUCUCCAAACUCAUUCAUCUCUCCAAUCUAGUAGACAGACUUGUGUCCAGCGUGAGCUCAGUACAUACCCCGUGACAACCCCAGA